AUGGAUAGACACAGCUUUACACCAUUGAACACCGUAGCUCACAUAUGGACGACCUUGGGUCUUCCAAAAGAUGCGCUGAAGUCCAUACAUCUUCCGGUCGAUGCCGAGUGCUACCCAUCCUCUUUCAAAGUUGGCCAUCUGGCUCAAGCUUCAAUCGGACUAUCCGCACUUGCAGCUGCUCUUGUCUGGUCGGUCCGCAACGACAAGCCUCUACCAAACGUGACCGUGCCAGCAGAACAUGCUUGCGUCGAGUUCAAAUCCGAGCGACUGUAUAUACUCAAUGGGAAAGCUGCGCCGUCAUCGUUUGGCACUAUUGGCGGUCUCCAUAAGACUCAAGACGGCUACAUUAGGAUGCACGACUCAUUUCCAAAUCACCGGGAAAAUGCUUUGAGAAUUCUGGGGUUGGAAGUUGGCGCGACAAGAGAAGAUGUCGCUCAAAAGAUGCUAGUAUGGAAUUCUAUAGAUCUCGAGACUAAAGCCAUCAAGGAGGGCGCAGUGAUGGCAGCGCUUCGAUCUUUUAAGGAGUGGGAUGCGCUUCCGCAAUCGAAGGCGGUCACUGACUUUCCCAUAUUGUUGAGCAAAAUCUCAGAAGGAACACCAUACCUCCCAAACGACAGUGCAUCAGUGCAAGCUACUAAAUGCCUCCAAGGUAUUCGUGUAAUUGAGAUGUCGCGCGUCAUCGCGGCUCCGGUCGCUGGGAAGACUCUAGCAGUUCACGGAGCGGACGUUCUGUGGAUAACUUCUCCCUCAUUGCCGGAUCUUCCGGAGCUUGAUAUCGAUGUUUCGAGGGGGAAGCGAACCGUACAGCUCGACAUCAAGAAACCUGACGACAAAACAAAGCUGCUGGAACUUAUCCGUAUAGCCGAUGUAUUCAUCCAGAGCUAUCGGCCAGGUAGUCUCGCUGCGCAGGGUCUAUCGAACGAGGAGUGUCUCGCGCUGAACCCCAAUUUGAUCAUUGCAAGCCUGAAUGCUUACGGUCCUGAAGGCCCUUGGUCGCAACGCCGUGGCUUCGACUCCCUUGUCCAAACAUGUUCUGGCAUCAACGUCGCUGACGCUGAGCGGUACGGUGCCGGUGAGGCGGCCAGAGUACUUCCAUGCCAAGCCAUUGAUCACGGCUCCGGCUAUCUGCUCGCCACAGGCAUCAUGGCAGCUCUGUACAAAAGGGCGACCGAGGGGGGCUCAUAUGAGUUGAAGAUAUCGCUUGCAAGUGUCAUGCGAUAUUUACGAUCAUUGGGUCAAUACGAAGAGAAGAGUGGGUUUGAGCGCAAAGACUUCAAGCGGCCUGAAGAUGUCAGCAUGUACUUGGAAACAAGACAAACGGAGUUCGGCGAGCUGAGCGCUGUCAAGCAUGCGGCUAGCGUUGAGGGAGUGAAUGUUGAGUGGGACAUCAUGCCAAAGCCAUUGGGCAGUGAUGAUCCAGUGUGGCUCGAAAGGAUAUUUUAA